CAGUUUUUGAAGUCAAACUAUCACAGAAGAGACCGAUUCGUUCCGUUUAAAGAUUUCGUUCGAAAUCCUAAAUUCAUUCAUAAACAGUCAUGCCUCCCCCAAUCCAUUAAAAAAAAAAAAAAAAAAAAAAAAAACCGAGGUGUGGUUAGUUUUAUUCCCUCCUUGCUUUGAAGGGUGUGAACCGACGGGAACUAAGGUUACGUGACUUAACGUUACACAGCCCGGAAAAUCAAAUAGUUUCGUUUUUGACUUCCCUGCGGUCGUAAACAUCUGUGCUUGUCUGGAAUCAAGAAGGCUAACGUAACAUCAAGAGCAAUGGCAGAAUUCGUUAAGGCGCAAAUUAAGGGUGACAAAGUAGUCGUGUUUCUGAAGCCGAGCUGUCCUUACUGCGUCCUCGCUAAGGAUGUUUUGUCAAAGUAUAAAUUCAAAAGUGGACACUUCGAGUUGAUUGAUAUCAGCGGACGCAGUGACAUGAGCGGCAUCCAAGACUAUCUUCACCAGAUCACAGGCGCGCGAACCGUUCCUCGGGUCUUCAUAGGCGAACAGUGCAUUGGAGGAGGAAGUGAUGUCGACGGUCUGGACCGUUCUGGAAAACUGGAGGGCAUGUUGCAGGCAAUUGGAUCUCUGCAGUGAAGGUGGUCAAGCAGACGGCUCACCUGAUAGCUCCAGGAAGUCAGGCUUGUGACUGAAGAUCAGGUAGUUAUUGGCAAUGAAAUGGAGGAGCCAGACAUAGAGCUGGUCAGCGUUGUGACACUAAUGAGAGAGGGAAGAUGAGAUCAGGUAUAUCACAGAUGUAUUGAUAUAGAGAUGUAUAGACUCACCUUCGCUUUCUUCAGUAAGCGAAUCACACUGAUCCCAGUAGAUGCUAGUUCUCGACUGGGCAUAUUUUGAAGAUACGCGCAGACACACACUUCACACAGGUGCUGCAGCCGUUUCACCUGGUACAUCUCGGCGCAGACGAGCACAGCCAUGGCCUGCAGCACACUGGCUGAACACACAGACACACAGCACUGUCAAUCACCUCUUGUUUCCCCCUCCAUCAACCUCAGUUCAUAUCCACCCCCUGUCAAUCAAACUCAGUCUCUAUUUGCAUCUAUUCCCUCAACAGUGUUGUUUAAUGUCCUUGAUAUGAAUGGGGAAGCAUCCAUGACACUGAUUGACAGAACGAGUCAAACAAUCUGACAUACUAAACCUUCCUUCAUUGUUUAAUGAUACAUACAACCUGAAUCAUUACAUGUCACUCAUUUGAAACAUAUGGAUUAUGAUGCACAAUACAGUGAAUGUAAAAAGCCAUUGUUAGGCACAACAUACAGAAGAACCCAAUUUAUUCUCACUUAAUAUUGUAAAUGCUUAUAUUAUUACCUAAACAGAUAACAAAAAAAAAAAGAUCUUACACUACCAUUUAAAAGUUUGGAGUCAAUAAGAUCUCAUAUUUUAUUUAUUUAAUGGAAAAAUAUAUAUACUGAUACUGAAAGUAAAUAAUUUAUGUUACAAGAUAUUUCUUUUUCAAAUAAAUGCUGUUCUUUUAAACUGUC